AUGGAGACGUAUCACCCAGUGGAACUGAAAGCCUAUGCUCAACAAGCAGAGCAGGCCGCUCGAGGCAAUGGGCGCAGCCGGAGUUCGGGCCGUGGAGCGGACGAUGAGAGAAAGAAAAAGCUACGCAAGAUUACGCCGCAACAGCAAGUGCACCUGAACAAGCUCCUCGCUGCGUGGAUCGCUCACCAUUUUCGCCCGAUGAUUAUUCACUAUCUGGAUGAAACGAUUGCCUCGCUGCGGCGUAACGAGCUGGAUGCGGUUCGCGCAGUUGUGCAGCGCUUUCGUACACUCGCCGUCUACUUCCGUAAAUCGCCGAAGGGAAAUAAUCGGCUGAGCGCUCUUCAGGUUGACAACUUCAACGUUAAAGCGCAUGAAGUA